AUUUUCCAGAGUGUGACACGAGUAACGCGAUGAACAUCGAUGCAGCCGCGACGCGACAUCACGACCGGCACGGUCUGUAUUUUUCCGAUAAUUAUCUCGGCGAACCUGAGCGGACGUAGAUUGGCAUAAGCUAACAUAGCUUACGCUAAUUUGGUGCGCGCGUGCACGAUAAGACACGAUAACGCGUACAGGCGACGUGUACAGCGAUAAGGCUAAUAUAUUACAUUUUGACGCACGAGAAAUUUUUCCAAGCACGUUGAUUAGCUGCGGAAUAGUAAAGUUCUCGAGUAUCCAGAAAUUAUCUAUUCCGCAGCCAAUCGACAAGCUUGAAAAAUUUGUCGCGCGACAAAUGUAAUAGCCUGACGCUGAUAACGAUUGCAAUUAAAACACGAUCGACUGUCAUUGUUUGACUAGAAGCAACGGGAACACGCACACUCUCUUCCACCCGUCGUCAAGAGGGAAAAGGGGAAAAAGUCUACGAUUUCGUAUCACGAUGAACGGUCCGUGGACGAUUCUAUUUACGACAUUUGUCUUUACAGUCGUGAGGAUCGGAGGCAAGUCGAACGAUCGGCCGAUCAUCGGUAUUCUGACGCAGGAGAUAAGUUAUGGUUUAAAUAAGAAGUAUCCCAAUCAGUAUCACAGCUACAUCGCUGCGUCGUACGUGAAGUUCGUGGAGGGUGCCGGCGCUCGACCCGUCCCGAUUUGGAUCGGCGGGAACGAUUCGUACUACGAGGAUAUCUUAAGCAAAGUCAACGGAGUCCUCUGGCCGGGAGGUUCGACGUUUUUCUUUUCAAAGGAAGGGUACGCCGAUGCGGGCGUCGCGAUUUACAGAAUCGCGAAGGAGAUCAACGCGAGAGGCGUGUACUUCCCGAUAUUUGGUAUCUGCCUCGGCUUCGAGCUCUUGACGUAUGUCGCAGCGAAUCGCGUCGAGCACAGAACAAGUUGCUCCAGCAGCAAUCAGCCUCUUCCGCUGGAACUCACACGCGACUUUAGAAAAAGUAAUUUAUUUAAGAACGCUCCGCCGGAUGUUUUGACAAUUCUGACCACGAAGAACGUCACGGCGAAUUAUCAUCGCUUCUGCGUUACGAGGGAGAAUUUGCACCGUGUGAAUUUAACCGACGAAUUUCACGUGUUGUCGCUGAAUCGCGAUAAGAAUGGCCUGGAGUUCAUCUCCACGUUGGAGCACAAGCAGUUCCCGUUCUACGGAUUGCAGUUCCAUCCGGAGAAGAACCUGUACGAAUGGGUGACCGGGAAGAACAUUCCUCACGGGGCUAAUGCUACCAUACCAUCGCAGUAUUUCGCCAAUUUCUUCGUGAACGAGGCUCGUAAGAACUCGAACGAAUUUACGACGAGACAGGAGGAGAUGCAGAGUCUGAUCUACAACUAUCCCGUCACUUACACAGCCCUGCAGAAUUCGUCUUUCCAGCAGUGUUACAUGUUUAAGAAAAGCGAUCGCAAUGGCCUCCUUAUAGAAAAUGAUGUGUAGGGUUUAACGUAAGUUUUAUUCUUAAGGUAGGAAACAACACACACGUCGCACCUUUUUCCAUGUACAAAUAUAUCCAUUGUCUUGUACAAAAAAAAACGAUCGGACUUCUACUCGCAUGGACACAUGACGAACCAAGACCACAGGGUUUGUUAAUCUUAUCGGAAUAUCGAGUGUCGUUAGUACGAUGAGACAAGCACUGGGGAACACACAAACAAAAGAAGAUUGAUACGCGUAAUUUCCACAUUUAACAUAACACCAGUGUAUAUUGUGUCACAACUGGGAUACAUAAUAUUACAAUGGUGCAUAAUAAAAUUCUAUACAUAUUUUUGUUCUAUCUAAAGUAAA